GUGGAUUUGCAGUCACUGUUUCCCUGUGCCUCUUGUGCAUGGCAUGCUGUCCCUGUGAGAGACCCUCACAUGGUGUCAGAGGGUUAUGAGGCUGCAAUGUGCCAGUACGUGGCCCGCUGCAGCAGGGGGCCUGCCAUGACAGCUCCUUCUAUCAGGUGGAGCUUCUUGCCCACGGGGACACCAUCUUCGACAUCCUGGAUGGGCGAACAUGGGAGGAUGUGCACAAGAAGCUCCUCCUCGCCCAGGAGCAGCCAGGCAGGGGUAAGACUGGGGAGAACAGGAGUGCAGUGUGCUCACUGAGGUCUCCAGGCUGGGAUCUCGUAGGUGCUGCCCUGCUCUGGCUGUUCAUGGCUGCAGUCAGAUCCAGCUGGAUGCCAGUGAGGGUGCUGAGGGGCCUCUAAUCCGCUCUCUCUGCAGAAAUCACCUUUGUCAGUGAGAUGCGCACAUCCAAGGCCUUCCGGCUGCAGCACGGGGGAAAUCGGGCCAUGGCAGUGCGCGGACGCUUCGUGGCCCCACGCUGGCCAGCCUCCCCCUCCACCACAGUCUUCCUGGCCCUCUGCACACCGGUUGCACAGCUGGAUGCAGAUCGUGACACCAGUUCUCAAGACAGCCUGUUUCAGAGCACACACGCCCUAGACAUGAGGUUUAUGGAUGUCACGGAGAGUGCCAUCUACCACCUCGGCUACCUCAGGGAGGAACUGAUUGGCCAGUCAUGGUACAGCCUCCUGCAUCCUGAGGACACUGACAUAGCAGCCGCUCAGCACAGGGCUGUAGGUGAGUGAUAGGCCCACGCUCACCCAUGUCUUCCUCUAGCCUUGUCUGGCUACACUUGAAACCUGGCUGCCUAGGACAGCCAAAACAAAGUAAAUGGAGUCCUGCUUCCUGUAAAAAGCAUGAAGCAGUGGGUUAGUUGUAUGCCCCAUACACUGAACACAUGGGUUUGGAAGCUCGCGGGUUGCUAGCAGACAAACC